GACACUUGUAGCUUGGCUCGGAGAGUUGCUUUAUCGGCAAUCUGACAAAUUCUUCAGCGGCUGUGUUGAGACUUGUGCUGUCUGGCAGGGCUAAUAGGAGAAUAAGCAUAGUAGAGACUCGCAGAAGGAGAGACGGGAGGAGAGAGAAAUUCUUGCAAAGAGAAGAGAAAAGAAACACAGAAAAGGGAAUUGGGAGUCCAGCAAGCGAAUCGAGUUAUCGCUGUUAAGAGGUAGGUUUAGAAACAAAAACACACAGGCAAAGUAAAACCAAAAAAGCUGGACAAAAAGAGGAGGUUGGGAGACAGUACUGGAGUUCAGAGGAGCUAGAACAAGGCAAGGCGUAAAGCAAGCAGACGUAGACAGAGAGAAAGGGACAAAAAGUAGGAGUCAAGGUGCGGAAAUAGAAGAGCCGAGGAAGGAAGGACAUGGAGUGCUGAAUGCAGAAAUAAGAAAUAGCUGCAAAACAGAAAAGGAAGAAGAGAAGAAUUAUACAUAACCAGACAGGGAGAGGACUUGAGGCCAGGGUGGCUUCUUGUUGCCCUGCCUUGUUUAUCCUUCAUGGCGGUUCCAAUGGGAGUAGAAGACUUUGCGGAGGACCUGCGUUGUUCCAUCUGCCUGGAGCUCUUUUCCGAUCCUGUCAUCCUGGAAUGUGGGCACAACUUCUGCCAAGCUUGUAUCACCCGCUAUUGGGCAGAGAUACCUGCCAACGGUGGGGAGGACAUGCCACUUCCCACCUGCCCAGAGUGCCGCCGUGAGAUCCCAGGGGCCAAGUUCACAGCCAACCGGGUGCUGGGGCAGCUGGCACAGAAAGCGAUGGAAUCACUCUCGGCCCACGCCAGCGAUGAAGAUGCUGAACUUGAUGAAAAUGACGAGGAGGUGCAAGGGGACCUCGUCUUCUGCACUGAGGAUGGCUGCCUGGCGAGAAUGUUGCAACCAGAACACUGGGGACACCAAUGCCUUCCUCUGGAGGAGGCUGUGGAGCACUACAAGGGGAUCCUGGCAACUUCUCAAGCAGUGCUGGAAUCCAAAGCCCAGGCCGCAAAACUGUUGCAAGAGUCGAGUGCCCAGAAAGCACCUGAAAUCACAGCCCAGCGACUCAGGCUGGAGCAGCACCUCUCGGCCCAGUUCAUUGAGCUUUACCAGUGGCUCCAGGAGAAGGAGGCAGCAAUGAGGAGGGAGAUUCGGCGUGAGGAGGAGUUGCUCCUCAGUGAACUGGAAACGAACCAGCGCAACAGGCAAGAGCAGGUCCGCUUGGCAGAGGAUCAUGUUGCUAAGAUCCAAGCUCAGCUCGAGGAGCAGCAAGAUCCCGAAAGGUUCCUUAAGAACAUCAAAGCUUUCGUGGAGAAGUAUUGCCCGAACGAAGAGAAAGGGUCCCUGUUGCCAGUGGUCUUCCGGGAUUUCAACCUGGGACAGUUUAAAGGCCCCAUUCAGUACGUGGUAUGGCGAGAGAUGCUUCCAGCUUUGAGACCUUCUCCAUGCCUUAUAACUCUGGAUCCUGCCACCAACCACCCAAACCUUGUGCUCUCCAAGGACCUUGACAGCGUCCAUUUGGUCGACAACCCCGAAGAUGAGGUUCCUGAUGGUCCUGAGAGGUUCAGCAAGUCUGUAUGUGUACUGGGUGCCCAGGGCUUUACGUCAGGACGCCACUACUGGGAAGUAGAAGUAGGCAAUAAAACCAGCUGGGACAUUGGUGUGGCCAAGGAAUCGGUCAACAGGAAGGAAGCCAAAGUGACAGUCAAGCCCAGCAAUGGAUUCUGGGCCAUCUGGCUGCGGAAUGGCAGUGAAUACAAGGCUCUUGACUCUCCCUCUAAGCAGCUGUCCCUCAAGACCAAACCUCAGAAAGUGGGGGUCUAUCUGGAUUACGAAGGGGGACAGGUCUCCUUCUACAAUGCUGACACCAUGGCCCACAUCUUCACUUUUUCCGACGCUUUCUCCGAGUGCCUCUACCCCAUGUUCAGCCCUGGCUUCAAUAAGGAUGGAUUGAACGCUGAACCCCUCCGUCUCCUGUCUCCAGUGCCAUAGCCGGGA